CUUUGUUGGGCUAAAGCUCUAUGUAACCUCUCUUGUUCGGGUUCCAGGUUUGUAAUGUAUUUUUUUGGUAAUGUGAUUAUAAUAAGAGAAAAUUGGAUAAAUAGGACACUUUGAACUUGGAUUUGUCACAUUAAGAUUUCUAGAAGAUAUUUUAGGAAAAUAGGAUUUUAGAUCUUGUAAAAUACCAAAGUACCCUUAAUUUACCAAUUAUGUUGAAUUUAAAUUAUAAAUUAUAAUAAUUUUCGUUUUAAUGUUAAAAUUAAAAUCUAUAAAAAUUAAAAAAAAGUCGUUUUAAUGUUAAAAGUAAAAUCUAUUAAAAUUAAAAAAAAACACUAAAUGGGAAAAAGGGAGACGCGGGAUGCCGCAAACCUAAUUCAUUUUCUCCUCGUCUUCUCCGUCGUGAGUCGUCGCUCUCCCACGGCGAUUUAGGGUUCAACGGUGAGAAGCUCUGUUCUUCGUCGGUGUUUCAUCAGCCCGUGGUCUCUACUCUCGUCUCCGUCACCAUCCUUUUCGAUCUCACUGAAGACACAACGGCUGCAAAUCGUUCUUCCUCUUCGUUGGGUCAAAUCGAUUUUUGAAGUGUUCUUCCAUCAAUUUCGCUUCUCAAUCUCACAAUUCUUCACAUAAGGUAUUGGAUUACAUCUAUAGAUUCUCAUAUUAAACGAAAUCGAAGAGUUCUUCCAUUAAAGCUCGAUUUUUUUAAAAAACAAUUUGGCGUGUUUGAACUAACAAUUUUGUCACGGUUUGUAGCUAUGUCUGAGGAGCUACCGAAGAGGCUUUUUAAGGAGGGCGAGGAGCCCCGAGUUACUCAGAUCAACAACAACUGCAGGAUCGACUACAUAAUCCAAAAGUUCCAAGCGUGGCUGCCAAAGGAGUUGGAUGUCGUGAAGAAAGACCCGGUUUUUCAUCAGAUUUUUAAGCUCCACGAGAAUGGUCUUGGAUACUCUGCCAGGGUGAUACACAGCUUCUUGUGUAGGGAGCUGGUGACUUUCUUACAGCACGAGCUAUGGUUUGUCUUUGCGAGGAGACCGCUUCGAUUCUCAUUGCAAUAGUUCCACGCCGUAACCGGGUUUGAAUGCGAUACUCAUAUCUCGCUUGAGGAGUUUGAAGAGUGGAAAUAUGAUGGCGGUUUCUGGAGCAAGGUUUUGAGGAGAAAAGAUGGAACAAUUACACUCUUCAGCCUGUGGACUAAGGACAAGGAAGCUGUAAAGAAGUGGAGGAAUGCAGAUCGCAUACGUCUUGUCUACUUGGCGAUCAUUCUUUGUGUGGUAUUGGCAAGAGAUGAGAAGGCUAAUAUCCCCCUGAAGUACAUCGCGGUGGUCAUGGAUCUUGACAGAGUUCGAAGGUAUCCUUGGGGAGUUGCUGCUUAUGACCUUCUCUGCAAAUCAAUAGCCAAAAAUCGUUCCCAACUGAAGGAAAAGACCACUAGCUAUGUCUUGGAUGGCUUCUCAUACGCCUUGCAGAUUUGGGCAAUGGAAGCGGUACCAAAAAUUGGGAAGCUUUGUGGAAAAAAGCUGGAUAAGGGUUUCAAGGACGGUCCUAGAUGCAUAAACUGGAUGGGAGCUGCGAAGGUGUCAUAUGAGGAGAUCAUUCGCUUGGAGGAGAUUAUUACACCCAAGGAUGACAUCUACCCAUACAUCUCAUGGACAGGAAAUUAUGAUGUUGUCAAAGCUCAGGCGUUUCGCAGAGAUGAUGAUGUGGAGGAUGAUAGAAUCAAUGUUCUGAUGGAGAUGAUAAAGAAGGGGCAUGAUUUUAGUGAGCAUGUUUGGGAAACUGAAGAAAAUGAAGUGAUUUCUGUAUCUCUCGAUGACGAAUCAGCUGUGAAUGAUGAAGCAAGCGUGAAUGUUGAAGCAGCCGAGAGUGAUGACGACUUUCAGACUCCGAAAGGAUAAAAAAACGUUGGUUCUAGAUCAAAGAGGGGUAAAAAGAGGCUUCCCGAUCGUGGUAUGGAGAAGAGAAAGCAUAAGGUUCUCGCAAGUGGUGCAAAGCAAGCUCCUUUUAAUGAAGACAUGAAGGCUUUUAUGACACAGUUGUUUGAGCACAACUUCUCUGGAAUGGAACAAAGGAUACAGAAACAGAUGGCCGAGACAUUUGAGCAGAUGCGGACAGAGCUUAAACAAUCACGUAAGGAAGCCAGCGUUGAAGUUGAGCUUGGAGAGCCUUCACCGACAAAGCCAUCGAUGAGCCAGGCACCGUUGAGGAGGUCCACACGCGGGGUAAACAAACACUAGUCUUCACCAUCCUCUUCAAUGUUAUUUUGUCUUGUUUAAGUUUGUGGUUUGCGUGUCUGUUUGUUUUAUUGGCAUCUAAGUUAUCGGCCUGAAUUUUGUUGUACUUUAUAAGGUCUCGGUUUGUAUGUGUGCUUGGUGUGUAAGUGUCCUUGGUUUGUAAGUGUCUUGUUUGAACUUAUGUAAUGGUCUGGAACUUUAAUGUAAAAUAAUUAUGUAAUGAUAAUGUAUUUUGGUGUCUCAA